ACCAUUCUUCUUUUUUAGCUCUUUUCACGUUCAGUGCUUAUUAACCUCCAGUGAACAUUAUUAUCAGAAAUGAUUUGGAGAGGAAAAGGACAAAAACCGUUGAUGUGAUUUUCCCAGCAUUAGCUUUUCCCGCACGUGCGUUACUGAUUUUCCCUAGCACGUGAUGUCGUAGGGAAAAUUCAGGGAUUAAGACACAGAUUUUUUCCCGUUCUGUAAUUGCUUGCAGAUAAUUGAAGUAAAAGAAGCAAACAGAAUUUUUCGCUUCAUUCCUCUCUAGAAUUUAGAUAAAAUUAGAGAAAAAAAACUAAUAUUCAAAUAAAUUUUUCCUCAUGUCUGUAUUAUCAAUAAUAAGAUAUUGUCGAAGAACUAAAACAGUUUUUGCUGUGGUAAUGCUCUUCGGUAUAGCUAGAAAAGCAACAUCGUCAACAUCUUCAGUGCCACUUCAUCCUCAGCCGACGUUUGUUGACAUCAUUCCGAAUGUCACUGUCCUUGCCGGUAGUGAUGUCAGCUUGCCUUGCACCGUAGAAAAUCUUGGAAGCUAUAGGAUAGCUUGGUCUCGUAAGGAUGAAAACACUUUGUUAAGCAUACAAACUCGAGUCAUCAUUCGAAAUUCCAAGUAUAGGGUGACGCACAACAAUCACAGGAUUUGGUAUUUGCAUAUAGAUAAUGUCCAGGCUAAAGACACUGGACAAUACAUGUGCCAAAUAAACACAACACCCAUGAUUAGUCAAACGGGUUUCCUACAAGUUUUAGUUCCACCUUCGAUCGACGAGGAACAAACAAGUUCGGACAUGCAAGUACGGGAGGGAAGUGAUGUGACUCUCAAGUGCAUCGCCAAGGGAGCACCAAAUCCUGACAUCAAGUGGCGAAGAGAGGAUGAGGUUGACAUACCUGUGGGGAAAGACAGAGAGAAUAUCAUUCAUGGGAAUUCACUUAAUCUCACAAAAGUAAGCAGACUGGAUAUGGGAGCUUACUUAUGUAUGGCGACUAAUGGAGUGCAUCCGCCAGCAAGCAAGCGUAUACAGCUCAGUGUCAACUUUCCUCCUAUGGUUUGGAUCCCUAAUCAGCUUAUCGGAGCACCACUGGGAAGUGAUAUAACACUUGACUGCAACCUUGAACUUCAUCCUCGAGCUGUCACUUUCUGGACUAAAGAACAUGUCCACAUAGUUUCAUCUGGAACUAAAUUUGAUAGUUUAGAUAUUGUGUCCGGGAGUUAUAAAGUUCAGAUGAAGCUGAUAAUUCAUAACUUGAACCCAGAAGAUUUUGGAGCAUACACGUGCGUGGCCAAAAAUUCCUUAGGAGAAACGAAAGGCACUAUACGCUUGUAUGAAAUUCCACCACCUACUACGGCAGACAUUAACUCACAUCAAGUUUCACCAGUUAUGAAAUCGAAAAAGCUGCAAAACGGAGAAAACACUUCAGAGCUUCAAAGUUUUGGAGGUAAUCCAACUCUGCCUUCUAUUGAUAGUAACAACAAUCGUAUUCUCAGCUCCGAUACUCGGCAGCCAAUAGAAAAGGGAAGUAUGGAAGCAGGUUACUCUAAGAGUGCUCGAUUCUAUAACCAGUCCAACCUUCUGUCGCCUUCGAUACUCACCUUCUUUUACCUCUUCCGUAGAAUACUGGAAAGAAGGACAACUUGAUUAUUACCAUCAGUCAAAUGCCUUUGCUGAACCAGAUGACGAGUGUUGAAUUAUUCAUCAUAUCCUUAACUCUUCCAAAAACCGUUUUUAAUCUUCGGAACACCUUAAAGUUAGUGCUGUACAAAUAAAACCUUGCAUUACUCACUCCCUAGCUUUCGAGUUUUAUAUCUUGUCACCAUUUCUUGACAGUGAUUAAUGAUGAUAUGGGAAUGAAUAAGUUAUAUACAAAUGUUGAUGAUAAACGCAGUUGAAAAUUGCUUGUGUAGUUUUGAACUAUACUAUAUUUUAGUUAUAUCAUACUCUUGUGCAUUAUGUAUUCAUGAAAUCUGCAUGAAGUAGCUUGGAGUCAAAUGUAACGAAAGUUCUAAAUGCAUUAUAAAAUGCAGAACUGCAAUCAAUAUGUAAGACUCAUUUCAAAAUAAUAUGAUUAAUGAAACACCUUGAAUCAAGCAUUCUUCAGAAUAUACCUAGAAGAAAACUGCAAAAUUUACGGUUCAAUUUAAUUGAAAUAAGGAAUAUUUAAGCAAAACGUUUACUAAUUACAACAAAAGUAUCUAAAUUUAAAAAAUACUGAAAACGUGUAAAAUCUUUCAUAUAUUAAAAAAUAACUAUAUUUUUAAACAAAUUUAGGGUUUUUCCACUUUUUUCCUUAGGCUAAUAAACUUAAAUUCCGACCCUAAAUAAAGGCAAUGCGGUUUUCUCGGAACGUUGUUAAAAUACUUGGUAAUACGGGAGAAAUAUGCAACAAAAUGUUAAUGCCUGGAAGAAAAGAUGUAAUAUUGUCGUGUAGUGGAUUUCACUAUGAGAAAAAUGAAGAUUGGAAAUGUUCUAUAAUUUCUAUGGCAUUCUUCGCCAACUUAUUAAGAACAAUUUUCUCUUAUUGGAGAUAGCCUUUAUAUUACAUUAAAUAUAUCAGCUGUUUUCAAUUGAUCUUUCAAUCAUUUUAGUAUCUAGGGUUUUCGCAGGUUAUGAUAACAUAGUAAUACUUGGUAAUUUUUAUUUCAGAUAUUAUAUAUAUUCAGAUAUCAGAUAUUUCAAAUAUAAGUGUGCUUCACGUUAUCGAAAUAAGGCAUUGCUUACACCAGCUAAAAAAAGUGUAAUCUAAUUUCUAAAGUUAUCAAGAAUAUAGCGGACAAUACUUAAACACGAACCAAAGGAGACAGGCUACCGUAACAGAUGGCUUUCCAGAUCAUUAUACCCUGUGUUUGACAAGAUGUAUACGUUUCGAAAUGUUUGGUUAGAUAACACAUCGGUGGCAUAUGCGUAUUUGCUCAUCGUCGGAAAUUUAAAAAAAAAAUCGCUCUCCGUCACUGGUAUGGGCGGCAAAAUGGUUUAAUAAAGUUCUGUCAUUUAGAGAGACUACUCCUGGACAGUAUCAAUCCAAGCUUAUUAAACUAUGAAUUUAACAUGAGAUCGAUUCAAUAAAAUGUUCAGCAGUUAUCUGCCCAAUGGACGUAGGUCAUAAAAUCCUACUUUCUUAAGGCUAUUAAAAAUCAUUUGUAGGGGGAUUGUUUGAAAGUUGAAACAAUUUUAAUGCCUUAACAAGAUAAGAGGUUUUAGCAGAAUGAAAAAUCUUACCUUUUCAAGGCAUCAUUUAAUAAAAGUAAUUGUAUUUCUUAUAAAUACCAAUAUAAAAUUAUUUUAUUUUAAUAAGAUUUUCUAGCGUGAACGAAAAUAAAUCUUUCCUUUGUCUUGUAUGACUGAGACUUUCUCGCAAAUUGUAUUUGUGGUAAAUUCUGAUCGCAAUACUACCCCAAACGAACUCGAUAAUGGUCUCAAUGAGAUGGAUAGUCUUGUUGAAAGAAAUAAUCAUCACUUCUUUCUCUCAACUGAUAGCAUCAAAUAACUAUCCUCUGGACCUAGAUAUGUGUUGCAUCAACAAAGGUGGUACAUAGAGCGUUCGUGAAGUAUAUGAAAACAAUUUAAUGAGUUCGUUCUUAUUUCAGUGUAAUGAAUUCUGGUAUAUGUUUUGCAGGUUAUUUGUUAGGAAUUUUUAAAAUUGUUAACGGUUCAUGAAUAACUCUGUAGUGCAAGUUAACACUGAACAUUUUUAUUGACACCUAAUCACUUUUACUUAUAGACUAGCAAGCAAGCUCGCCAGAUGAGUGGGCGGCUGCCAAAGCAAAAUUUAUACGUUAUAUCUACACCUGGAAAAAAAUGUAUUAAAACAUUAAAAUAUAAAUGAAAUCAGUUCAUUCUUUCCAAAUAACAACCAAUUCGUAAAUAAUUCUCUGUUGCCAAAUCAGAAAACAAAAACGUUUGACAUUUGCGGUAUGCGUAUAACGUCAUGAUUUAAAUCUAAUGUAAUAUAACAACUUUUUCUCGACAUCAAUAAAAGAAUUAAUGUGGCAAUAACUUAUCGUGUCAGUUAUAUAUUACCCUGAUACAGAAAAAAGUUGCCAACAGCAGCUACUUAUUUAAAAUGUUGACAUUAACGUAAAAGUUUCGACAUACAAUAAACGUCGCAUGCAAUCGCGUGAUUUCUUCAACGUCAGAAUCCAGCGAGAGAGACUUUUGCCACUCGGAAACAUAAUUGCCAAAAUUAGAGUUUCAAAGCUUCUAAUUACUUUCUCAGCUGAUUAAAGGCUUACGAAGAUGAGAAAGAUCGAAAUGGCUUCCCACGAAUUUUUGGAAUUCGGCAGUACCUCUGUCAAAACUCAACUGUCCGCUGUUCGGAGGAGAUGAUGUCACAAACAGAGGAACGCACGCAGAUCUAAUAGUACAGAUUUCUUACUAACUCUGCAUAAAUCUGUGCGUAAAUUAUUUCAUCAAAGUUUGUGUGCAUUAAGAUGAUUUCUACUGUUUCUUAUAUUAGUAAAAUAACACUUUUCUGAAAACUUUCUUCAAAAAAUUAUUUUUCUGAAAUUAGCUUAAGAAAUUUACUUAAAACUUUAAUGACUGAAAGCUAUUUAAAGCAUAUUUUUCUCUGAAUCGUAUUCAUGACUAAAUGCGUCAUAGUAGUCAAAAUUAAUAAUUGUAAAAGAAUUUCAGUAUAUUUCAGUAGAUAUAGCAUUUUUGAAAAUGAAAGGAUACUUCACAUAUUAUCCCCUCGACCGUAGAAGUGCCGCUAAGCAGUGCGAUUUAGCGCCAAUUCUAGACAUGCAGGAUGUAGCAAUAAAAUCAUAACACCCUCGCUUUUGUUUAAUAUAACUCCAAUUGAUUUGCAAUGUGCCACGUUUCGUUUUUAUGAUCAAGAAUAUAAAUUGACUAUUAUGGUUGGAUUUUUCUCUUAUAUUUUGUAAACUAAUACUAAAAUUUGGGACCUGCCUUCUAUAGAAAAAUAAGCAGUGGAUUAUUUCUAAUGCAAAAAGGAAGUGAGUGGAAUAUUAAUCGUUUUUUUUAAUAAAGAGAAACUAUAUAUCUUCACAAUUCAUCAGGAAUGAUUAAAACAAAAUAAAAUCCUAGUAUACGGUACGGCCUUGGCGUAUUUUGAAAACUGUUGUCAACACCAAAAUGACUCGUUUUUCUACUGAUCUUAAAUACCGCUCAUCGUAAUGUCGCCAAAAAUCGUCAAAUCCCGUGUGUACCUUACACGAAAAUUAGACACUGGAGUAAUUUUGACGGAGAUCUCCGGCAACUUUCAUAGCUCUUUGGUAGUCAACUUUCUCCGUUGUAGGAUGUAAUAUACAUUUUAAAACAAAAGAAUUUAAAAUAUUUUAACAACUUUAUUUUUAACCUUUUUCAAAUGAAGCAUAACGAACGAAAGAACUACUUAAGUUCUUUAAAUUACAUUAACAUAGCUAUAGAGAAUUGCCACAUAAGAAGUACAAAUUUUACCAAUUUAAAGGCGCAAGAAUUGCAUUAUUAUUAUUGUUAUUAUUUUAAAGAUUGACGUUAACAAGUACCCUCAUCGAAUACUUUUAAUUCAGUUUAAUUAAUUAAUUUAAAUUAAGAUCCAGUAGCUCUAAUUAAAAUUAGAAUCUAAGAUACCUUAGAACUCGUUUCGUGGCGUAAUGUUCACUUCCUGUUAUUGAAAAAUCUAAAAACGUUGAUACUAGGACUGAAUUGUUUAUAAGCUUCAGUAAGCCGAUUAAAUUUAACAUUAACUAAAGCUAGUCUGCAUAUUACUUUUUGAUUAAUAUAAUAUUUAGUAUUAUAUUUUUAUCAUUGAAUCUUUUUAAAUUUAAAAUUGAGCAAAAUGUAACUGAAUUUUAUAAAACUGAAAAAUUACAGAUACGAGUAACAUUUAAUUUUUCUCUAAAACCAUUGGCUCUGGAAUCGACUUUGUACGAGAUUUCUUCUUCACGUGAAGCAGUCACACUUAUGUAUUAAAGUACAGUAGUCUAUGAAAUGAAUAAACUAAAAUGGAUAUCGACAUUUAUUUCGUAUAAAAGUGUUCAAACUGACCGUGAUCAGCUGAAAUAUUGUUUUUAAUACCAAUCUCAAAAGUUUCAGAUAUAUAAGAAAUGAUACUGUAUUUUGAAUUUCCUUAUUUAAGUUUAUGUGUUCCAUUUUAAGCACAUUUUUAGAAUUAUUUAUUUUUUUAAAUAAAUUACAAUAGCAGAAUCUUAUUUUUCAAUCAUAGCAAAGAUUGUAGUGCAGUUUAAGAAAUCUUUCAAAAACAAACAUAUCUUUUAAUAAUAAAAUUAGAAACGUUAUGGUAGGAAAAAGAAAGUUUCCUGUUUCAGAAAAUACGAUAUUGAAAAUCUCUUUAAAUCGUUUUUGAAUAAAUGUUUCAGUGUAAUCUUAGUAAAAUAAAUAUAUGCUGAAUGCCUUCUAUUGCCAUCAAAGGUGCCAACUGCAUGAUAUAUUUCCUUAAAUAUUUAGCGAAGUACUUUGUAUUCAUAUCAAUAUAAGAAAUGAUUUUUGAGGUGCUGAAUUUCCUUAAUAUUACUUGUGCUGUCCUUCGAAACAUUUGUGAAUUUUUCUAUGUAUAAUAUAUUUCCUGUAUUUAUGCAUUCUAAAUCAUUAGUCUGCUAGUGUAAUGUUUACGUACUGGGAAAUAAAGAAC